UGAGGUGCCACAUCCGGGAGGCUGCCCCGUCUGGCUUAAAGUCGCUGCUGCCGCUGUCUGCUUGCACUUCUAACCUCAGGUCUGGGCUUUCCUCCGCCCCAGGAGCAGCUGCUCCCAUGCCCCGGAGCGGCCAUGAGCGCCCCGCACUGGUGGGACCAGCUGCGGGCUGGCAGCUCGGAAGUGGACUGGUGCGAGGACAAUUACACUAUCGUGCCUGCCAUCGCCGAGUUCUACAACACGAUAAGCAACGUCUUGUUUUUCGUUUUACCACCCAUCUGCAUGUGCUUGUUUCGUCAGUAUGCAACAUGCUUCAACAGUGGCAUCUACUUAAUAUGGACUCUUUUAGUUGUAGUGGGAAUUGGAUCUGUAUAUUUCCACGCAACCCUUAGUUUCCUGGGUCAGAUGCUUGAUGAACUUGCAAUUCUUUGGGUUCUGAUGUGCGCGCUGGCCAUGUGGUUUCCUAGAAGGUAUCUACCAAAGAUUUUUCGGAAUGACAGGGGCAGAUUCAAAGUGGUGGUCUGUGUCCUGUCUGCAGUGACAACGUGCCUGGCAUUUGUCAAGCCUGCCAUUAACAACAUCUCUCUGAUGACCUUGGGGGUUCCAUGCACUGCAUUGCUCAUUGCUGAGCUAAAGAGGUGUGACAACGUGCGUGUCUUUAAGCUGGGCCUCUUCUCUGGUCUCUGGUGGACCCUCGCCCUCUUCUGCUGGAUCAGUGAUCGAGCCUUCUGUGAGCUGCUGUCAUCUUUCCACUUUCCGUACCUGCAUUGUGUGUGGCACAUCCUCAUCUGCCUGGCUGCCUACCUGGGCUGCGUGUGCUUUGCCUACUUCGAUGCUGCCUCUGAGAUCCCUGAGCAAGGUCCGGUCAUCAAGUUCUGGCCGAGUGAGAGAUGGGCCUUCAUCGGCGUCCCCUAUGUGUCCCUUCUGUGUGCCAGCAAGAAGUCCCAGGUGAAGAUCACAUGACAGCAGGGCUGCGGCUGCUCCCCUGCUUAUCUUCCCCUGUGCACUGGGCUUCACUUCUUACAAAGACAGGGGAUUUCUAGAGUUGGAGGUGGUGUCUGUCUUAAAAAUUCUCUUCCUUUGGGUUCUCAAUAGCAUGUGUGUGGACCACCAGGACCCCAUUAUGCUUGAGAAGAACCAAAUGUCCUUCCUCCCUUCCAGAGAUGGGAUUGGAGAGCUGAGGGCCGCUGGGUCUGUCUCAAGUCACUCUCAGGAGGGUAGGUUGACGGGCUGCAUCCUGUGUGGUUGGUGGUGGCAGGGUAGCUCCUUGGGGACCCCCCAGCCGCACAGUGUCUCACUUCUUGGAAAGAGUUGCAUACCCCCCACCAUUCCCACACACUCCUGGAGGGGACAUCUGUUGACAGACAGCCCCUUGCUGGACAGGACCCCCCUGAGUAUCUGAUGGAAGACACUGGAGGUUUUCGUUUGUGAGAAACUGUCCUAAAACCAAACCAAGCACGUCAAGCACAGUCGGGUUAUGUGGCUGAGGAGACUGGCUUGCAGCUCUCAGCAGCCCAGGGUUGGGGUGCAUCGUCUGCUGAGAGGCUGGACUGUUGGCUUCCAGUGAAGGCAAAGCUCACAAGACACGCUCGAUGCCAAAGACACCAUUCUCCAAGCCAUGCACCGUUUUUCACUUUUGAUUUCAUGUGUUCCACUGGCCCAGCCCAGGAACUUGUCAAGCACACAGAUGCCAGACCCUUACCCCCCCCCCCCCCACCCCUCUACCCCCCGUAGCUUGGCCUCUAUGCUAAAGGGUGAGUUAAAAAUCCUGAGGGAGAGUUAGGAAUCUGGAGAAAAUGGGAAUUCUUGGAAACAUUUUCUCAUUUGGACCCUCCUGUGUGCUCUCUUUCUGGAAAUGACCAUCAAGCAUCUCUUCCUUCUCUAGUAUUCAUUCCAGAAACGAUGCCCUGGAGGCUCCCCAUGUGCCAGGGUUCCUGUGUGUCUUUUUCUCAAGUGUGGGCUGCGUUGGGGGCCACGGGGGCAAUGGGGCCAGCCUGUUGCCCUCUGGUGGUAUCCUCUUUGGAUAAGUCUCAUUGGCUGAAUGGACAAUCGAAGAGUUGCCUUCAAGGUGUGACGCAGGAAGUAUUGACCUCAGGGACCCUCAGUUUAACUCAGGCAUCUCCUACUUUGCAACGUUCCACUGAGGGAGAGAGGAGGGCAGACAUGUCCGUUUGGUGUGGUCACCAAAGUUAUGUCCCUCUGGCUUAAUUAGCUCAGGGUUGGGCAGUGGUAGUUGGGGGUGGGGGUGGGGAAGGGCAUGUCCAGGAAUGGUUUUCUCUGGCUAGAAUCUGCACAGGGUCUCAAGUGAAGAUUCUGACAAGUAACUGGAUUUGGAGUUUAAAGGCCAAUGACUUUAUUCUACAUCUUUAUUUUUCUUUCUUUCUUUCUUUUGGUCACCGGGGUUAAGGCUGGGGCUUGGUGCCUACACUAUGAAUCCACUGCUUCUGGUGGCCAUCCUCCCCCUGUUUUUUCCCCUUUGCUUUUUUUUUUCUUUUUUGAUAAGACAGAGAGAAAUUGAGAAGGGGAGGAGAGAUAAAGAGAGGGAGAUAAAGAUAGACACCUGCAGACCUGCUUCACCAUUCAUGAAACGGACCCUCUGCAGGAGGGGGGCUUGAACCGAGGUCCUUGCAAAUGGUGAUAUGUGUGCUUAACCGGGUGUGCCACGGCCUGGCCCCCUAUUUCUGUGGUUUCCAAAUUAGUAGAACCCUAUUUGCAGUAAGUUGUAUUUAUUGAACCCUAACAUUUGAAACAUGUUAUAGUUUAUCAACUUAAAGCUGUUUUAGGGUUAUAUUUCUGUCAUUUCCAUAGUAAUAUAUCAGAGAGUGAAAAAUCCAUAUUGACAGGAGUCGGGCGGUAGCGCAGUGGGUUAAGUGCAUGUGGCACAAAGUGCAAGGACUGGCACAAUGAUCUCGGUUCGAGCCCCGGCUCCCCACCUGCAGGGGAGUCGCUUCACAGGCUGUGAAGCAGGUCUGCAGGUGUCUAUCUUUCUCUCCCCCUCUCUGUCUUCCCCUCCUCUCUCAGUUUCUCUCUGUCCUAUCCAACAACGACAACAAUAAUUACAAUAAAACAACAAGAGCAACAAAAGGGAAUAAAUACAUAUAUAUCACAAAAGAAAAUCCAUAUUGACAAAUGGUAGUUUCCAAGGUUAGCAAAUUUGAUAGCUCUACAUGUCCCUUAUUUUGGUCUAAAAUAUGUGUGGAACUGUGGAAUCUCAGAUGCUCCUCUAGGAAACCUGGGCGGUGUAUGAAGCAGCUGUGAAAUUCUCUUGGGUUUGCUAUGAAAUAAUUUUGGAUUGCUUUUGCAAGCAUGAGUUCUGAUCUCAUACAUUCUCCACAUUAGGAACUUGGUGUAUGUAUGGAAGUGUAGAUGAGAAGCAGAGAGUGAAGAGGUAGGCUAUCUGUGUGAGAAGCUUAGUUUCUAUCUAGAGGGUUAGUCAGAGGAUUGACCUUUGCACCAACAGUGUGUGUGUGUGUGUGUGUGUGUGUGUGUGCGUGCGCGGUCCUAUGGGGGGAGGCGGUGGUGAUGGUGGAGGGACAGGAACAUUUCUCUAUCAGGUAAAAAGUUAGUUCCCUGGGGAAGAGUUGCUUCAGACACAGUAUGCUGAGCUUGCCCUUCUGGAAGUUUCUGAGUGUCUUUCGAAAAUAGAGAUCAAAUGUGACAGGUAAAGGAAGGCAGUAUAUGCCCCUAAUUAUAGAGUUAUUUCCACCCCAUCUCAAAUGAUUAAGAUAAAAUGUCAGGAAGGAUGCUUUCCUUAUGAAAAGCAGUAUGCCCUUCUAGAGAUUGAUUUUAAAGAAUUGAGCACUGAGGGAGAAAGUGAGGGGAGGGCAUAAAUAUUUGAGAAAGACAAAACCAAACCCUAUAGUUUUUAUUUAUUUUUAUUUAUUUUAUUUUAUUAUUAUUUUUUUAACCAGAGCACUGUUCAGCUCUGGCUUAUGGUGGUUCAGGGGAUUGAACCUGGGACAUUGGAGCCUCAGGCAUGAGAGUCUGAAAAGCUGACGUAUAAUAGUACCUAUAUUUUCAUUACCUAAGGACAACCAUUAUUAUUUGGCGGGGGCAUAUUUUCUCCCGCCCCCAACAUAGUUAUAAAUAGAUGUGUUUUUAAAGCUGGCAGUUUGACUGUACCUUGAAGAAGUCUAAAUAGUAGUUGCGUAUUUUUUCAUGAAAACACUAGAGUUAGUUGAACACUUGAGUCCCAUCACUGGAUCUUGACACCGACUACUGAGUUUUCCUUUGUAAUCGAGCUAAAUGUGAAUGAGCCCUAAGAGACAAUGGACUGAAUUCUACUGAUUAAAAUGUUUCUGCUCCUAGCUUGAUGGCACAUGGGAAAUGGCUCUUAAAUGUUUGGUUUUAUGUGUUUUGAAGUUCUCAGAUUUUUCCUUUAAAGAGAAUGACUUAUUCCAUUAAUUCAUGUGCAAUCAAUAAUCUUUUCUUCUGUACUGAUAAUGCAGGGAAGUGGAGAUUGGGGCGUUAGGAGUCAAGCCCUGGUAGUUACUUACAUGACUCUUAGAUUUUUGUUCUGGUUAGAAUUUGCCCGAUAUCCAUAACCAGCAGGAACUGGAUUCAGGAUAUUAAAAAAAACCAAAACUACAUUACCAAGUAACCAUCUAAAUCAAUAUUCCUGUCUUAUAAUGUUUGAUUAAGAAUUGAUUCCUGAAAAAAUAAUUGAUUAUAUUCUCCCUUUUAUGAUUAUAUUAUAAAGAGCAAUCACUUUGGUGAACUGAUGUGACAUGCGUGGAGCUGAGUUAUCUGAGUCUCUUAUUCAUGGACUACAUUUUGGGAUAACUCUAUGUUCCUUGCAAGAGUGCCUAAAACAUUCAUGAUCAGAGAUUAAAGGUCAAACAUAUUCUGUUGGGGAACAAAGCCUGAUCUUCAUCAAACACAGGCUUUGUGGAAGAAAAAAAAAUACAGUCACCAGUUUUGUGUAUUGGAUUUCUCAGGUGUAUGAGAACCUCUCUCCCCAACUCCUCAUACGGGUGUGAGCCAAUGCCAUGUUGGAGGCUCUGAGCCCAGGACUUGAGUCUUCCCUAGUUCUUUCCUUUGGGGGCUAUAUGGAAUCAUCUCUUGGGGGGCGGGGGAGGGCUGAAGCUGGCCCAACCAGAACCCCUCUCAUUGCUCCCCUUUCUCUAAAUAAACUCGGGACCUUUUAUUUUAGUUUAUUUUUCUUGCUGGGUGCUGCCAUUCCUGCUGGCCAAGGAGAUGUCUUGGGCCAUACUGGGACUUUCAAUGGAGGUUCUAGACAUUGUUCUACAGACUUCAAAAUAACCCCCUAUUCUGAAGGACUCUUUGAAUUCUAUCUUCCCAUAUAGGCUAAACGAUAUUUAAGACUUUUAGAAAUGCAACAUGUAACCAGAGCAAAUACUUUAUUUUUAGAUAGAGGUGCCAUGUUUAUACUUUCUACUAUAUAUAGGGGUAUAUUGCAGAAGAGAGUUCUGCCAUUUAAAAUCUCCAUUGUUUUGGGAGUGACUUAAGACUUUUAGAAAUGUUUUUUUUUUUUUGCACAAUAUAUAUAUAUAUAUAUAUAUACAUUAUUUUGUGAACAAUGACACUUGUUUAAUAUUAAAAGCCACAAGUGGCAUUUUCUGUGAAUGAA